GACAUUUUCCCUUUAAAAAAUGUCUGUUUUUAAACUUUAAUAAUAAUAAUAAAAAGACUUUUGGUUUUACCUUGAAUCAAUAACCUGAAUUAUUUCUUUACCAUAUGUAUACGGAGACUACAAACUGGCAACAUGUUUAGCAAAUUCUAAGAAACUGAUGUGUAAACCCUGCACCAUAACAUAGACAAUUUUCAAUGCCCACUAUAAAUUUAUUGACAAUGUUAUUUGACUGUGCAUUAUUAAUAGUCUGUAUUACAAGAUGGUUUGAAUAAAAAAUAUCUAAUGUUAUCCUUUUGUCGACAGAUUAUGCCAGGCCGAGGGGACCAAAUAGUUUUGAAAAUUUAUCAUGUUCCGCUCACUAGAUAUUAUUCAAACUUGCUUUAUGUUUAUAUUUUGUACAUUUAUAAUGUGUCAUUCGUCUACAGUUAAAGUGUUAGUAGCAUUUUUAGGAUAUUUUGUGCCCGCUACACAAAUGAUUACACUAACCGCACGCUUUCUUUCUAUGUCAGGGCAAACUCCCAGCCCGUAUCACUGUUCCCCUGUCUGUGCUCAGCCAACCCAUGAAGGGGAAAAGUGUGAUGACUGCGCCAAUCAUCAAGGGAAGCCUUGGUGCAAACAUUAGUGGUUUGGGACGAAACAUUAUCUUAACAACUGUACCAGCUGGAACAAAACUUAUCGCUGGUAACAAGCCAGUGAGCUUCCUGACAGCUCAGCAACUGCAGCAGCUCCAGCAGCAGGGCCAGGCAACGCAGGUUCGUAUACAGACCGUUCCAGCCUCUCACCUUCAACAGGGAUCAUCGCCUGUGUCUUCCAAAGCAGUGUCUACUGUUGUUGUGACAACAGCUCCCCCUCCCAAACCGACCCAGGAGCCGCAGUGAGAGCUUCACUGGUUCAUCCUGGAGGACUCAUCUUGGUAUUUUCCUGCAACUUGGAGGAUUUAUCUUCCUGGAGUUUCCAGUGCUUUGCAGAUCCUCAUCCUGGAGGGCCCAGAACAUUGCAGUCCCUCAUUCUGGAGGGCCCAGAACAUUGCAGUCCCUCAUUCUGGAGGGCCCAGAACAUUGUAGUCCCUCAUUCUGGAGGGCCCAGAACAUUGUAGUCCCUCAUUCUGGAGGGCCCAGAACAUUGCAGUCCCUCAUCCUGGAGGGCCCAGAACAUUGCAGUCCCUCAUCUGCAAAACUACAUCUCAGCGUUUAGAGAACAGUAGUGCACUUGGUUUCAAGCCACUUUUCCUCUUCCAACAAGUGUAACCUUUUAUCAACAAAGCCAGUGACAUUGUUAGGACAAACUAUAGGAAGCUAAAGCUGAUGUCUUGUCUGGCCUCUUCCCAUAAUCCUUUGUGUUUGUUUUCCAAGAUGGAACAUAAGAUUUGUUGUGGAACACCCCGCUGUUAACAUAAUUCUCAGCCUUUCUUGUGAAGCUGGUUUAGCUGUGGGGAAUGUUGUUUUUCAGACUUGCUUUUUAACAUCUGAUAUAUUUUUAUUUCUGCUGAAAGUCUAGUAAUUUAACAAAUGUUUUAUAUGUGUGAGAGAGAGUGAGCAUGCACGCAUGAAUGAAGAGUUUCUAUUUAAAGCUGUAGAAACGGUAAAAAAAGUAAUAUGCUCAAAAUUUAAAUUAUAUUUAAAAAGUGAAAAUUACUUAGAAGUUCUUGUUAAUAUGUAUAGCAUAAGCUGCUGAUUUCUGUCCAAGGAAGACGAGAUGCAGGUAGGAAGUCCGGCACUUUAUAACAGUGGAAUAUUUGUGAGUGAUCCGUUGUUCGGAUUUAUUUGGCGUUGUUUGGAUUACGGAGGUUUGCCUGUUCUUCAUCUAAUAUAUUAUUUAUUUAACUCUCCAGCGUACAGCCUCGCUAAACCAAACCUUAUCAGUCAUAGGUGAUAAAUAGAAUAUAUUAUCCAACUUAAUGACUGUAGCACUCUGUGACCAGGAGGAUUAUUGGUCACUGCUUAUCGGUAUGUUAAAGGGAUAUUAAAGUCAACAAAAAUCUCCCUGUAAAUUUUAAUUAAGAUCUAUUAAACAACGUUGUAGUAUA